ACAGGAGGCAGAGAGGGAAAGCUGCCGGCGCGGGGAAGGGGAUGGCGGCAGCGGCGGCCCGAGGGGGGGAGGCGGGAUCGGCGGCGGCGGCGUGAGGGGACGGCCCUGCCCGGACCGGCCCGGCCCUGCCCGCGGCGGCUGGAAGGCCGCAGCCCCGCCGAACCGGGCCGCACCAUGGGCAGCGCCGACUCCAAGCUCAACUUCAGGAAGGCGGUGAUCCAGCUCACCACCAAGACACAGCCCGUGGAGGCAACAGAUGAUGCCUUUUGGGACCAGUUUUGGGCAGACACAGCCACUUCAGUGCAGGAUGUCUUUGCCCUCGUGCCCGCUGCAGAGAUUCGAGCAGUGAGAGAGGAAUCACCUUCAAACUUGGCAACUUUGUGUUAUAAGGCUGUGGAGAAGCUGGUGCAGGGAGCAGAGAGUGGCUGCCACACAGAGAAGGAAAGGCAAAUUGUCUUGAACUGCUGCCGGCUCCUCACCCGUAUCCUGCCUUACAUCUUUGAGGACCCAGACUGGAGAGGUUUCUUCUGGUCAACUGUUCCUGGGGCUGGCAGAGGAGGGGGAGAUGAAGAUGAUGAGAAUGCCCGCCCACUGGCUGAGUCCUUGCUCCUUGCUGUUGCAGAUCUCCUCUUCUGCCCCGAUUUCACUGUGCAGAGCCACAGGAGGAGUACAGUGGACACAGCAGAAGAUAUCCACUCCAUUGACAGCUGUGAGUACAUCUGGGAGGCAGGAGUGGGCUUUGCUCAUUCUCCACAGCCUAACUACAUCCAUGACUUGAAUAGGACAGAGCUGCUGAAGCUGCUGCUGACCUGUUUCUCUGAGGCCAUGUAUCUGCCUCCCUCCUCAGACAGCAGCAAUGCCAACCCCUGGGUGCAGUUCUUCUGCUCCACAGAGAACAGACAUGCUCUCCCACUCUUCACCUCACUCCUGAACGUUGUCUGUGCCUACGACCCCGUGGGUUAUGGGAUUCCUUACAAUCAUCUCCUGUUCUCUGAUUACCGUGAGCCCCUGGUGGAGGAGGCAGCCCAGGUGCUGAUUGUCACUUUGGACUAUGACAGCUCCACUAGUUCAAGUCCCACUGUGGAUGGCACGACCACUGGCACAGCCAUGGAUGAUGUGGAUCCUCCUGGCCCAGACAAUUUGUUUGUGAAUUAUCUCUCAAGAAUACACCGAGAGGAGGACUUCCAGUUCAUCCUGAAAGGAGUGGCACGCUUGUUAUCAAACCCACUGGUCCAGACCUACCUGCCAAACUCUGCCAAGAAGAUCCAAUUCCAUCAGGAACUCCUUGUCCUCUUCUGGAAACUCUGUGACUUCAACAAGAAAUUCCUCUUCUUUGUGCUGAAGAGCAGCGAUGUUCUGGAUAUUCUUGUCCCAAUCUUGUAUUUUCUCAAUGAUGCCAGAGCAGACCAGUCACGAGUGGGCUUGAUGCACAUUGGGGUCUUUAUCCUCCUGCUGCUCAGCGGGGAGCGGAACUUUGGGGUUCGCCUGAACAAGCCCUACUCUGUACGAGUGCCUAUGGACAUCCCUGUCUUCACAGGGACACAUGCAGACCUGCUCAUCAUAGUCUUUCACAAGAUCAUAACCAGCGGGCACCAGCGGCUGCAGCCUCUCUUUGACUGCCUGCUCACCAUCGUUGUGAACGUGUCUCCAUACCUGAAGUCUCUCUCCAUGGUGGCUGCUAAUAAGCUGCUGCAUCUCCUGGAGGCUUUUUCCACAACCUGGUUCCUAUUCUCAGCUGUCCAGAACCAUCAUCUUGUUUUCUUCCUCCUGGAAGUUUUCAACAACAUAAUUCAGUACCAAUUUGAUGGGAAUUCCAACUUGGUCUAUGCCGUUAUCCGGAAGCGGAACGUGUUUCACCAGCUGGCCAACCUCCCCACUGACUCCCAGGCCAUCCAGAAGGGGCUGCAGCGCAAGAAGAAAACUCCUGAGCCUAUUUCCCGGACCAACUCCCAGGAUGGGGUCUCCAUGGAAGGCUCACGUCCUGCAGCCCCUGCAGAACCAGGGACGUUGAAGACAAGCUUGGUAGCUACUCCAGGAAUUGACAAGCUCACAGAGAAGUCACAGGUGUCAGAGGAUGGGACCAUGCGUUCCCUGGAACCUGAGUCUUCACAGCCUCCACCAGAGGGUAACUUCCCCUCAGCUGUCAGCGAUGGGGAGGCCUGGAGUGGGGAGGCAGCACAUCCCCGACGAGAUCGGAGGCGUCUCUCGAGUGCAUCCUCCAGUGGGCAGUGGACUCCAACUCCUGACUGGGUGAUGUCUUGGAAGUCAAAGCUUCCCCUGCAGACAAUCAUGCGGCUCUUACAGGUGCUGGUCCCUCAGGUGGAGAAGAUCUGCAUUGACAAGGGUCUCACUGAUGAAUCAGAGAUCCUCAAGUUCUUGCAGCAUGGCACUCUGGUGGGGCUGCUGCCUGUCCCUCACCCCAUCCUCAUCCGCAAGUACCAGGCCAACUCGGGCACUGCCAUGUGGUUCCGGACCUACAUGUGGGGAGUUAUUUAUUUGAGGAAUGUGGAUCCCCCCAUCUGGUAUGACACAGAUGUGAAGCUGUUUGAAAUUCAACGGGUCUAAGAGAGCACUUACCUCCACUAAGAGAAAUACACUGGACCUAAGGACUGCUGUGUGCUGCUUCAUCACAGCUAUUCCUGCGUUUCACAUCCAGCUGAGAGACCAAAAGGACAAUCACUUCAUUUACCUCCCUGUCAUUUAAAGCUUUAAUUGGGACCUGCUUGGACAUCCCUCCCCCAAGCUCACUUUUCUUCCCUCACCCUUCACCAUGAACCUUGAGUGAAAAAUGUCUUAAGGGAUUGUCCAUUGUUGUGGUUGCACUAGAAAUCAGACUGUUCUUAGCUCUUCUAUUACUCUUUUGCUCCUGGAUGUGGUUUGGAAACCAAUCUGACCCUGUUCUUGCCCUGGUCAGAAUCAGCAUUUAUUGAAAAGGAUUAGCUGUAAAUGGGGUGCAAGGGAGAAGCUGCUAUUCCUGCAGGAGAUGGGGUUUGGAAACUGCAGUUACUUUCAUGUGGCUUCAUAAAGUUUCUGGGCCAUCCCUUCUGGCUGCAGGUGUCUCCUGGGUGUCUCAGGGGAAGUCUUGGUAGGGAAGUCUUUCCCAUCCAAAUGAAAGGAGAAAGUUGUUGAAGGAAAACUUUGUGUCUCAGUUCUGAAUCUCUCUACUCCUUUCCUAGAAAGCUGCUUAAGAAGGUUUGGAGUAGCCAGUGCUUCAGUGUGGCAUGAGGAGUCUUUCCUUGGCUCCCAGGCCUGUCCUUUGUGGUGGGUUGUGGCAGUGGAGAGUGUUUCCCUUCAAAAAGUCCUGUUUGAUCCCUGGGAGCAGACAGGAAGGGACUGGCUCACUGAGAGCAAGAAGAGAUGUGACUGUUAAAGUCUCUUAGCCUUCUGUUGACUGAAAGGACAAUGUCACCUGGGUUUGAAAGGAACCAUCUCCUUCCAUCUUUGCCUGGCAGGCUGAUGCAGUGAGGGGAGUGGAAGGGUCUUUGCACAUUACUGUCUAAGGCAAGGGAUUGAGGGAGGCACUCAGGGAAGUUGUGGGAGGAAUUUGGAAAUUGUUGGAAGAAAAGCUUCUCCAUGUCACUGGCGUGGAGAGUACUGAGGCAAAGUUCAGUUCUUCAGGGCAUUUUGUGAGUGACCAAGUUACCAGAUCUUGAAUGUAUCGGGUCCCAAGCAUGUGACAUCUGGGAAGCCAGAGUCAGAAUUGGUGGCAGAGCUGCUGUUGCAGGCUUGGUUUAGAUGAAUGGGGUUGCACAUCAAUAGGUGAAGACACCCUGGGGUUUGAAUCAGGUUUUUUUUGUUCUGCUGGGAAGGACUGCUGUCUUACACCUGCAUGGUCUUUAGACAAUGAAAGGUGAGGGGUUCCUGUCAUUAACUGAGACCUUUUACCUCUCCACCAAAGUUUAGUCCUUGGUGCUCUGGUAUUCAGGCUCUUGAGAGGAUUGUGAGCUGCUUGUUGUAGUUCAGAACCAGUGAGGUCACUCUAUGGAAACUGGUCUCAUGUUCAAGUAAAGGGAACAUGUGGCAAACACUAUUGUGUCUUGUAACACUUCUCUAGGUUUUGAAGCUUGGGGGAGAUCACUUCAGACAGAAAGAAACAGGACAGGACCAUCCUCUUCUAGAGACAGUGCUGCUCUAGUCCCCUGCUGGCUCUUCUGCCUUCUAAUCAGGUGGUUUCCUCCACUGAGGACUGAAAGGGGACUGGCACCCCAGGCCAGUUGAAAGCUGAAAUAAAACCUGAGUGGUUUUCUGAAGGAUAAGAAAGGUGUGAAGUAGAGAGGUUAAUCCCCAUUCCAGCCCCACCUCCAGCCCACUUUGCUAUCCAGCCCUGCUCCAAUCCUGACCCUGUCUGUUCAGAUGUCAGCAGGGGGAGGUUUCUGUUGCACUUGGGAUCUCUCUCCUGUAUAAGAAUGUGAUUUGGUGGGGGCAGCCUCUGAUUGUAUGGCUCUUGCACCUCACAGCUGGAAUGGGGCAUCUUGUGCCCCACACGCUUGCCUCUUCCCUCCAAUGGAUCUGCUGGUUCUCAUGAUCUCUUCCAUCCUCUCUUUUCUGCUUUGUUUCUUUGUGAGUUUCUCUGGAAGCUUUUUUUUGUUUGUUUCUUGGUGUUUGGAGUCUGAUCCUUGUUCUGUGGAAAUCAACUUGCACUGUAAACUAUUUGCUUAUUUACAGAGAGAAAGAUAAAGAUUAUCUGAAACAUG